CUCGUGUGUUUACGGACCGCAUCACCCAAGGCUAUAGAACUCCCAUGCUCCCAUCACCACUUGGGAUACUUGACCUAAAUCUAGUGAUGUUUCGGCCAAUGGCAAGCACAAGUACCACAUAAAUUAUUACAAAAAAAGUGCAUUUUUCAAAAACAAAACCCAAAACCGCCCAGCACAUAUCUUAUGUAGUCAAAAACACUUCAAACUGGUUCUAUUUUCUCGGACUUGUUGAAACAUCCAAUCCACAUCCAAUCCUUUUAAUGAAACAGGUACUUGUGACAGAUCAAACCUUACACCAUCACUAUUUGUAAAUUACAAUAAUGGCGUGCUUGUUGCAAUUACAAGGUCCUAAGCGACCAUUAUAGAGUUCAGUGUAAGCGACACAAAAAAUUACAUUUCAUUUUAGUCAUUUUCUUUUAUUGUCAGGUGAUUUCUAUGCAUUAUUAGCAAGAUGAAAUAAUCAGAUAUUAUCACACAGUCUUAGCUUCUGAUAGCUUCAGUGCCUGUUUUAAUUACAUAUGCAUUGACAUUGUACUUUGUAGUAUCAUCAUGAAGAAGGACAGGUCUGACGAGCCGGGAUCGGCCGAGGAUGGAGACCGGCUCGGCCUGCCGGCUCUGCCGAUCGAGUGCGCCGUCCUGGCCACGGUGCUGCUUCACCUGGCGCUCUGCCCAUUCACCAAGGUGGAGGAGAGCUUCAACAUGCAGGCCGUGCACGACAUCCUCUACCACCGCUUCGACAUCAGACAGUACGACCACCUGGAGUUCCCUGGCGUGGUGCCACGCACCUUCCUCGGACCGCUGGCUCUGGCCGUCCUCUCGGCCCCCGGAGCCGCCAUACUGUCGCCCUUCGCCGGAAAAUUCGCCGUACAACUCCUGGUUCGGUUUGUGCUCGGCGCCGUCUCGGUGGCGGCGUUCUACCGGUUCCGGCAGAGCGUAGAGCAGGUGUUUGGCCGUCCGGUGGCCGUGUGGCUGGUGUGCAUCACCGUCACCCAGUUCCACUUCAUGUUCUACCUGAGCCGCGCCCUGCCCAACAUGAUGGCCAUGCCGCUCGUGCUGAUGGCGGUGAGCUGCUGGAUGCGCCAGGAGCACACCCCGUUCCUGUGGUGGUCGGGCGCCGCCGUUCUGCUGUUCAGGGCCGAGCUGACCAUGCUGCUGGGUAUCCUGCUGCUGAUGGAACUGGUCACCGGACGGCUGCCGCUGCUCAGGUGUCUGAAGGUGUGCGUCCCAGCCGGCCUGGCGCUGCUGCUGCUCUCGUUCACGGUCGAUUCGCUGUUCUGGCGGAGACCCGUCUGGCCGGAGGGAGAGGUGCUCUGGUUCAACGUGGUACUCAACAAGUCCGCCGAGUGGGGCACCCUCCCCGCGCUGUGGUACUGGUACUCGGCCCUGCCCCGGGCGCUGGGCGCCAGCCUGGCGCUCGUCCCGGUAGGGCUGGCGCUGGACCGCCGCGCCCGCCUGCUGGCCGGCCCGGCGCUGGCGUUUGUCGCCCUCUACUCGCUGCUCCCACACAAGGAGCUGCGGUUCAUUAUCUACGUGGUGCCGCUCCUGAAUGUGGCGGCGGCGCGCGCCUGUCAUGCCAUCUGGGAGGGCCGGCUGAAGUCGGCGUGGCGCUCGUACCUGGCCACAGCCAUGUGCUGUCACCUGCUGGUCAAUGUGGCGCUGACGGCUCUGCUGGCGGCCGUGGCGCGCCAUAACUACCCCGGCGGCGCGGCGCUGGGCCGUCUGCAGCACCUGGAGCCGGACGCCGCCUACGUGCACAUUGACGUGUACAGCGCACAGACCGGGGUGACGAGGUUCCUGCAGCAUAGGGACGACUGGCGGUACAACAAGACGGAGAACCUGGCGCCGGGCUCUCCCGACAUGCACUCGUUCACCCACCUGCUGAUCGAGGCGCGCGGUAAGCGCUCCUCGGCGCUGAAACCCUACGAGGAGACGCACAUGAUCCUCGACUCCGUGGACGUCUUCUCACACAUCCAGUUCAACUACGACCACUUCCCGCCACUGCGACUGCGCAUGCGUCCCGCCAUAUUUCUACUGUACAACAAUGUGCCGGAGAAUGUGCGAUGGCCGAAGGAAGAGGAAGAACCCCAGCCGCCGCCGGAGGAAAGCGAAACAGUUGUAGAACCCGAGACAGAUGAUGUUAAAGAUCCAGUUGCUCCAGAAGAUGAUUCUUCUAAAGUGGAGGAACCCAAGGCAGCUAACAGUGAGAUAGUUUUUACUGGCGCGGAAGAGAGCGACAAGGACUAUUCGGAUGACAUGGUAGCUAGUGAAAAGGCCGCCGAGCUGUUUUUGCCGCCGGAUGAUGGUACCGCUGAUGAGGCUCGGUUGUCGGACCUGCCGACGCAGGUGAUUCGCUAGCAGGGCGGCCACUCUGCGGGCUCACACAGCUCCUCAGGGGCGGGUCACCCUGCGCGCUCACCGCUCCUCAGGGGCGGGUCACCCUGCGCGCUCACAGCUCCUCAGGGGGCGGGUCACCAUUGCAGACCGCCGGUGGACCGCGCCGGCCGGGCCGCGGCAGUGGACCAAAGGUCAGGCGGCCGGGAGGGGCGCCGCCGCUCCCCCGGGCCGCUGUAGGACAGUGCUGUGAUAGAGCUACUAACACUUGCCUCCGCGCCGACUCGUGAUAACUCCCGGGGGCGGGGCGGCCACCGAACGCUCUGGUCCGUUCUAGUCACCGCGCUCACGGGUCCUUCCAUAAUACACCCCGCCGCAGCAGACGCAACUGUUCGGGGAGAGUGAACAGACUACAGAUGUGUGGAUCAGCAGGUGAUUACGGAUCGUGUUCUGGGACAUUUGUGGAGUUUGUGCAAUCGUGGUUGAUAGUGAUUCUUAUAUUUUAACCUUGAAUGAAGACCUCCAGUGUCAUGACACUUUGCCAAAGCAAUUUGAAUGGAGUUGAACCAUCCAUCCAUUGAAUAGCUCCGUGCCACCGAUUGAAGAACUCCGCGCUUUUUCUCCCCGCUUUAUUCCUAUCCUACAGGCCUAAUGAAACAAGGAAAUCGUGGCGCAAUAGGGUGAACAAUAGGGUGAAUGCCAUCGCUGUUGAGACUCACAAGCUUUUAACUGAACCUAUUGACUGUUGGAUAUGUGCCGCCUGGCUGAUGCUAUUGAACGAUCGCCAAUAUUCUGGUCUCGUCAUGCCUGCCUGUUGCCAGGUCUAUGAUAUCGUUUCCCCUCGAAACCUAUGGUGAUUUCUCAUAGCUCGGAAAAAUCAACAAUAAAAUUAGGGUACAAGAACAGCCUUCACCAGUUGAGCCUAAAUGUGUCGACUAGUGACUGUGAAUAAAACAAAAUGAACAGGGUUGCACAA